AUGGUCAUGUACGACCCGGCGGCGGCGAAUAACUACCGCGACGUAAAGGUGUUGCGGUGGAAACGGGCCCGGGAAGAGGAGCAGAAGAAUGACAUUUCACGUUCCUUGGCGGCUGCAGCAGGGACUGGCCCAUCGCCGUUUGACAUGCCAGAUAUGAUGCCCAUGGUGGGGAAGGCCGACUUCGCGUACGGCAUCCUUGGCGGCGACGGCGGCGACGGCGACGGCGAUGCGAUGCCGCUGCACCUCAGCGCGGAGGAGCUGCACCAGCGCCGUGUUCGCCAGAGCGCCGCGUUGGGCAUCACCACCGCGAUGAAGCUGGAGCGCGACGAGCUGGAGGCGGCUCACAAAGCCAGAGUUGCCGCCGGCAUGGACCGCAAGGGGCGCAUUGGGCAAAAGCUGGGAAAAUUGAUGAGUGCGGCCGCCACGAAGGGCAACGCCACUGACGCGAGCGCCGUCGGCGACGCCCCCGGCACUGGGAAGACAACUUCAGCAGGAGAGGCGACCCCCGCACCAGGGGCAUCCACGCCAGCGGCGGCGGCAACAACAGCAAAAGCAGCUUCUUUGCUUACAGGCAGCAGCGCGCCGCUUGUCUUUCAGAGGUCGGAGCUGGCCGCGGGUGGGUACGUCGUGCGUGAGGACGUCGGCGCUCUUGAGAAGCGCAGGACGCACCGCGGGAAGCCGAGCUCGACCAUCCUCAUUCGCUUCGUCCGCGACGGGCCGCCGGUGGAGAUGUUUGACGACGCUGUUGGCGGCAACAGCAGCAACGCGGCGGCGCGGAAUGCGUUCCUGGAGAAUAUUCAGUGUUUGUGUGCGCAAUGCGGCGUUGUGCGUUCGCUGCGCUACGUCGUUUUGAGCGAGGCGGAGAAGGCGGCCCUGCGCGCCCGGUUGGAAAAGGAAGACGUGGCGGCUGCUUCCGCCGCGCUGGAGGCGCGUCUGGCGCGCGAGAUGGUCCGUGUGCUGGUGCGCUUUGACACUGUGGCGAACGGCUUCAAGGCCCUGGAGAUGCUGCAGCAGCGCCACGGCUCCAGCUGGGACGUCUGCUUUUUCCCCACGCAGCUCUUUGACGCGGGGACGCUGGGGCCGGCGGAGGGCGAAGCGCUCUGUUGCUGCUGA